UAUGCGGUUGCUUUUCUCCAAAUCCGCAAGCCCUCAUCAUGGUUUUGCAGCAUAUUACUCUUUUAUUGGGAAAAAUUUCAAAGCUGAUGUUGUUCUUCAUUUUGGCACACACGGUUCCCUUGAAUUCAUGCCUGGAAAGCAGGUAGGAAUGAGUGAUGUAUGCUACCCCGACAGUCUUAUCGGGAAUAUUCCCAACAUCUAUUACUAUGCUGCGAACAAUCCUUCUGAAGCUACCAUAGCCAACCGCCGGAGCUAUGCAAAUACUAUUAGCUAUCUGACUCCUCCUGCAGAAAAUGCAGGACUGUACAAAGGCCUUAAGCAGUUAAGUGAGCUAAUUGCCUCGUACCAGUCCCUCAAAGACACCGGCCGCGGACAACAAAUUGUGAGUUCGAUCAUCAGCACAGCUAAACAAUGUAAUCUUGACAAGGAUGUGGAUUUGGAUAUGGAUUUAAAAAUAGAGUUGGGUUAUUGGAUUGAAAAAAAUGGAUUUAAUUGUGGGUUCAAGGAAUUUGGAUAUUUGAUUAUAAAAAUGGAUAUGGAUUUUUUAGGAAUAAUCUGA